AUGUCAAAUACAUGUCCGCCCAGUAACACCCAGCAGCCACGCACAAAAAGCGCAUGUCGACUGUACUGCCGAUACUGCCACAAUAACGUCUGCACGCGGGGAAUGCGGGCAUUGCUGCUUGCAGACAACCGGAUCGAGUUGUUUUCUACAGACAUGCCGCCAAUGAUGAGGAUUCAGCUCGUAGGCGCAGAUUACACCACAAGAUCGUGCCGCUGUAAAAUUAGAAACGUCGCGUGUCUUGGCUGUGGGAACGAGAUUGGCUAUCAUAUCACUCAGCCCUGCUCCGAGUGCUUGAAAGCGUGCAACAAUGGCCACUUUUGGAUGUUUUUGACAGAAAGUGUUUAUCCUGUUGAGCUCAAAGAUCCCAAAAACUGCACUGCUAUUGCAUGGCUGUGCCACCCCCAAGAGAACGAGUUUGACGAGCUCAGCAAGCUCAUCUGCAGGGAUGCCAUAUGUAGAUAAAAGAGCAUGCGCUGAUGUAGUUUUCUUUAAAAGCCCGGUAUUUUGACCCAGGCGUUAAGGCUGCAAAAUUUUAAAACAUUGUGAAU